AUGAACUCACUUACAAGGCUUGAAGAUCUUAACAAUAAUGAAACUGAUAACAAAAGUGAGUGUGAAAUGUUAGUUGGUGAUAACAAUGAAGCUUCAGAAGGAAUACAAAAGGUUCUGAAGGUGACAAAUCAGAUAGACAAUUCAACCCUGGUAUAUCUUGUUGCUAGAUUAAAAGCCAUCUUGAAAAUGUGGACUUUUACUCUAAAUGAUCUUGUGAUCUUAAUGCUAUCUCCGGUCAAACUAUAUGAAAAUCUGCUGAAAUGGGUAUAA